GGUCGCAGGGAGUAGAUCAUGGUUCCAAUCAUACCAGUCGUUGAGCGGAAACGAGUCGACCGCGAGGAAGACAUUGAGGUAGAGGUUGCCAACGACGACUCUUCGGGAUCUUCCGCUAUUGACAGCAUGCGUCCAGUGGUCCCUCUACCACGACGGAAGCGUCGGAGGCGUACCAUCGUCGACGCCUUCCACCACAUUAACCUCACCAGUCGCAAGAAUGGGGAGCAGCGCCAGUGUGAGAAAGAAGAUGGCGAUGCAGACUCAUCGCAAGCUGUCGCCAAGUUCGAAGCCAGCGACGUCGAUGUAUACUCCACAACAAGUAGCCUGGAAGAUGAGUAUGAGGAUGACGAGGACCAGGAUGAUCGCCUUCUUUCGGACCGAGACGAAAACGAACGAAACGUUCUUUUAGAGCUAGUUUUCGGGCCCACCGCUCCCGGACUGGCUCCCAAAAACCCUGUGGACUUGAAACUGCAAGAGUUGAUACGCCAAUCGUUGCAGCAACAGCAUCAAGUUCCGCGGAGUCUUUGCGAUGGAGGAGAAGAAGAAACGCAAGAUGAUAUGAACAUCGAUGCCGUUUAUAGUAGAUCGGCAUUCUCUGAAUCACGUCAAGGCGCAGACUCCAUACGGCGAUCCAACUCGCUCCCAAAUUUGUUCGUGCAUGAGUCGACGGUGGAAGAAAUGGAUAUUUCCGACGAUCUAUGA